AUGCUUCCUUGGCAGGGUGAUGUUUGCGGCUUCAUGGACUACUCGCCUAUACACAACCUGGCACAAUUCGCCUCGCAGGGCUGGCUCUGCGACAAUAACAUUAAUUUUGCUCUUGAACUCAUUCAUUGGCAGAUCAAAAGUAGUGAUGUUCUCGCCCCAUUUCCCGACAUCCUUCAAACGUACUUCAUCAAUAAACUUAAAACUAUCUUCGAGUUGCGCCACCAGCGAGACUAUUUCAGCGCAGAUGAUUGUUUGCACCUUCGUCAGGUUGGGCAGGAUGUAGCCAAUGGUGUAAAGACUGUUGGAAUGGCUUGUUUUGUCCACUCCAACCAUUGGCUGUCUCUUGUUAUCGAUGGCUCACGUCACACAAUUUACUUCGGAGACUCAUUCGGACAUGAGGCACCAGACUCGAUCCAUCAUGCAGUCGAGUGGUGGCUUGGAUUGCACACACCGACAUCAUUCAAAUGGGAAGCCCUUGCCUGCACUCACCAACAAGAUCAGUAUUCAUGUGGCAUACUCGCCAUCAAUGCCAUCGCCCAUCACUUUCUUCCACAAGCUUAUUCUCUCCUCGUAUCGACUCACGAUGCACUAGAUGCCGCGUGUAUGCAGAUUGGUGUGGCCGUCAUUGAUGCCCACCUGCACACAUUAUCCGUAAGUAUCAACUAG